CCCCCUGUACACCAUCGUGUUUAUCUAUUAUGCCUUCUGUCUCGUGUUGAUGAUGCUGCUGAGGCCUCUCCUGGUGAAGAAGAUUGCCUGUGGUUUGGGGAGGUCUGACAGAUUUAAAAGCAUUUAUGCAGCACUCUACUUCUUCCCCAUCCUCACCGUGCUGCAGGCCGUGGGAGGAGGCCUCCUCUAUUAUGCCUUCCCAUACAUCAUCCUGGUGCUCUCUUUGGUUACACUGGCUGUGUACAUGUCUGCUUCUGAAGUGGAGUUUUUCAAGGACCUGCUCGUGAGGAAGAAAAGGCUCGUUGUGCUCUUCAGCCACUGGUUACUCCAUGCCUAUGGAAUCAUCUCCAUUUCCAAACUGGAUAAGCUUGAGCAGGACCUGCCUUUGCUUGCCUUGGUACCUGCCCCUGCCCUCUUCUACCUGAUGACAGCAAAGUACACAGAGCCCUCACGGAUCCUCUCUGAAGGUGGGAAUGGACACUGAAAGGAGCCUGUGCCAACAACUGUCCCAGUGAUCUGGAUGAAGCAAUUUUAGUGCUUGUCACGCUUUGGAAACUUCUGUUUUCAAAAAGAAGUUGUUUAUGUGCCAGACUUUUGGUGAAACACCUCUGGGUGAGACUGUAUAAUAUUAAAAAGUUGCACUUUGUAUUCUUCCUGAGUAUCUGGUAUAGAUGAAAAGCAAUGUCUUUUUGUCUGUUUAUCACUGUGAAUCUGUGUAAAAAGCUUGUGACACAUCCUAGUACAAUGUUUUGCUUGUGUAUUGUUCACUUCCUAACAUGAUGUUUGAAUAAAACAAUAGAGCCUGGUUUUCAGUAGACUUUAAUAAAAAAAAAAAUAGAGCUUGAA